UCCAGUUAACACUACAGCCUAGCCUUAGCACCUUUGUUCUGUCUUUUGAUAACCAAGAAACUCUACUAAGAUUAUUCAUCUUAUUAAUAAUGGAAUUACAGUAACUGUUGUAAACUCGGAUUUUAUUAUAUGAGAUUGUUUUUGAUGUUUUAAUAACUGUCACAACUAAGUUACUCCACUACUAUUUCUAUUCAGUGGUAUCGCGACGAUGGAUUCUCAUUUUUGAUGGAAUGAAUGAUUGUGGUCUGACUUCAAUUGUUUUGAGGAUCGAUUCGACAUCGAAAUCCCAGCUAUCAAACAGAAAAAGUCAAUCACUUUCAUGGUCAAGUUACACAAGGUAAAUUGUCAACGGGAAAUUGAUGACUUGUCAACCAAUCGUUGAGCAGACACAAUGUAUUGGAGCUAUCUUCUCAUCUCACUCCUUGCAUCAAUAUCAGUCUCUACUUCAUUAAUCACUCCCGUUCUACAGGAAAUCUAUCGCGACUACAAGCAGUCCCGUAUUCCUUUCAGAGAAGACCCUUGGCUAGGCAACAAACCAAUCUUGGACGAAUAUGACUUCAUUGUGAUUGGCUCAGGACCGGGUGGAGCUGCAGUGGCUAAUCGUUUGACAGAGAUCAGAGAUUGGAAAGUUCUAGUACUGGAAGCAGGAAAAGAUGGAUCAAUUUAUACGGACAUACCAGCAUUGGUUAGCUACCUACAGUUUACAGAUUAUAACUGGGGAUUCGAAGCGGAGAAGAUGCCCGGUAAUUGUUUAGGUAUAACUGAGGGAAAGUGUAAAUGGCCUCGUGGUAAAGGUAUAGGGGGCACAAGUUUGAUAAAUUACAUGAUUUACACCCGAGGUAACCCCGCCGAUUACGAUUCUUAUGCAGCUGAUGGGAAUUAUGGAUGGAGUUACAAAGAUGUCCUCCCCUAUUUCAUCAAAUCUGAACAAAACAACGUUGAAGAAUAUAAGGAAUCCCCUUUCCACAACCGUAAAGGAUAUCUGACAGUUGAACGUGUGAACUACAAGACACCAUUAGUGGACAUUUUUUUAAAAGCAGGUGUAGAGGUUGGAGCCGAAAUUGGAGACUAUACAGCCCCCAAUGUUCGUCCAAUAUUUUCACGAAUUCAAGCAACAGUUAAGAAGGGGAGGAGAGUUUCGGCAGCAAAAGCUUAUUUGGAACCGAUUAAGAACCGUGCCAAUCUACAUGUAUUAGAAAAAGCGAGGGUUACUAAGAUUUUGCUAGACAGUAUUACAAAACGUGUGAUCGGUGUCGAGUUUGUGAAAAACCGUAAAAAACGCUACGUCUACUCUAGGAAAGAAGUUAUUCUAUCUUCGGGCUCUUUACAAUCGCCCCACCUGUUGAUGCUUUCUGGCGUGGGUCCCAGAGCUCACCUUGAAGAAAAAAAUAUUCCUGUAAUUGUGGAUCUACCCGGUGUGGGUGAUAACCUUCACGAACAUUGGACUACACCUUCUCUAGUUUUCACACAUAAUUUGACAGGGGCGUCAUCUAACGAGCGAGAUGCUUUAAACCCAGUGAAUGUUAAAAACUGGUUGACUCGCGGUGAGGGAGUUCUAGCUUUAGCUGGGGGUGUUGAAGGUAUCGCUUAUGUGAAUACACCUCUAAAUAACCGGGGGGAGUACCCCGAUAUGGAGUUUCUAUUCAACGCAGGGGGGCUCUCUUCAGAUGGGGGGAAUACCUUGAGAAAGAGUUUUGGGGUGACAGAUGAGUUGUAUGAAGACGUUUUUCGAACGUUGGAUUAUAAAGAUGUGUGGUCGAUUUUCCCCAUGUUGUUACGGCCUAAAAGUAGGGGGAGGAUAUUAUUGAAAGAUAACAACCCCUGGCAUUGGCCACUGUUCUACCACGAUUAUUUCCAAGACCUUCAAGACGCUCAACGUAUGGUGGAGGGGAUGAAGAUGAUUGUUGCCCUUUCGCAAACAGAAGCUUUCCAGUCUAUUGGUUCGAAACUACACACCGUGCCUAUUCCAGCGUGCGCUCCUCUGGGAUUUGGAACUGAUGAGUACUGGUUAUGCUCGCUGAGACAUUUGACAUUUACAUUGCAUCAUCAGAGUGGAACAUGCAAGAUGGGCCCGUCAAGUGAUCCUUCGGCCGUUGUCGAUCCACAGCUCAGGGUUCAUGGGUUGACUGGGUUGAGAGUGGUGGAUGCCUCUGUAUUCCCUAGACUGCCCUCGGCUCACCUCUAUGCUCCCACUGCCAUGGUGGGGGAGAAAGCUGCCGAUAUGAUAAAGAGUUACUGGCUAUCGCAACCAUGAAGUUGUAUAACUAUUUAAAAUUGUAUAGGAUAUACAUUAUCAUAAUUUUGAACCUAUAGUACUGUAUAAUUAUUUUGUAAAGUGCUGCUAGUCAUUGUUUUAUGUAGUCUGUUUUCCUUCUUAAUCAUCAUUCAUUAAUUCAUUUACAUAAAUCAAGUGAGGUUAACAUAAUUCAAGAGUUGAAGCUCAUAAUACGCAUACUCAUAAUAAUAUUAUGAGAGAACAAUCUGAAUCUAUUAUGAAAUAUUACACAUUAAUAAUUGAUUGGAAUAAGUGAUUCAUAGGCUACUAGUAGGCAACUUUGGAAGUAAACUGAAUUCAUUCAGAUAUAGCUUAGUUGAAUAUUACGACUUAAUUCAAAUGAUAACUAUAAUAUUAUGAUAUAGGACAGGAAUCACUGGAUCUUACUUUUGGAAAAAGUGUAGUUAAUAUAAAUUUAAUAUGAAUGAAAGAGGAUUUACUAAGUACUAUUCAAAUUAAUAUUAAAUACGACAGAAGAUAGCUCAUGUAAUGAUAACAAGUAAGUUACUGUAUUAUCAAGUGUGCAUUUCCAUUAUUCACUAAAUGUCAUUCAGUUAAUAGCGAGUGAUUAUUGUACUGUUUCUCUGUUAGGAUAUAAAUACGAGGGUAUGUGGAUAACAGGUAAAAGUUGAUAUUUUAGUUUCUGUGCGUUCUUAUUCCAAAUAAAAGAAAAAAUGUUAGCUCUCUUUAUAG